AAAAUCCUUAGCGUUUACAGAUUUUUUUAGUAGAAUCAAUUAUUGCUUAGUUAAAGGUUACAAGUCAGUUCGGCAUCUUCAAACUGCUGUCUUAUUCCUCGAGUUAUAUUAUUUACACUUUGUACUUAUUAAUAAAAAGGGAAAUAAAAUGAACUUAAUGUCUAUGCGGACUUCGAGCCACACCUCUGUGUAUAUCCACAUCUAUAUGGUACACAUGUAAAUAUGGUUACAAACAACUACUAAAGAAGUAAUACUUGAAGGUGACAGGCAUACAAUCAUGUCCAGUUUGGAAAGGAGUCCUUAUAACAAUAUGGUAGAUACAGAUGCUGAAAUUGAAUUCUUGGAUGAGGAUGCGGAUAUUGUGCAGCAAUGCGUCCAGAGCACCAUCGUUCCAGAAGAAGAAGACAAGGAAUACCUAGUCGAGCGGGCACCCGAGAGGCCGAAACGUAGAAGGAAAGUAGAAGACGAGGACUCAGACUACGAUCCACGGGACGAAGUGCCCAGUCCCGUGCCGAAAAUGAAAAAGAAAAAACAUGCAAGAAAACCGGAAAAAGUUAAUACAAUUCAUGGUAAAUCGACAGUGUUGCCAAAAUCAAUAUAUACAACUACACUGACACAUAUAAAUCGACCCAAAGUACUUGUGCAAUCGAAUGCACCCUCUAAAAUAAAUAUAUUUAAAACAAAAACAAUUGAUCUUAAUACAAGAAAGAAGAUGGAUAUAAAGAUUCCUGACUAUGAGGAUCCUCUAUGUUUACCAGUCAGGGCUAUCAAGGAGAACGACAGUGAUGUAAAGAAGUUGAGGAUUUGGAACAACGCGUGCUUGCAGCAUUUCAAACACUGCGAUAAUAUCUUGAAGCCGGAGAGCGGUGUGACCAAGGGUUCCACCAGGAGCAUCGUGCUUAGGAAUAUAGUCAAUAAAGCGACAGGUAACAGUGAGACGGCGAUCUGGUCAAAGACAAGUGUCGAGAACGAGAAUGGGGUCAGAAAGUCCCAGAUAUUCCAGAGUAUACUGCCCAGGUACCGUGAGAAGAAAAUACUAGAUUCAUACGAAUUGCAAAACAUAAAAGUACCCAGGAACUGCCAUCAUGUAGACGAAGUGCUGUUAACAAAGGAAGAGAGCAAAAAUGGUGACAUUCUGGUGGCUUACAAGCCGAAAGAAGCGAUCACAUCGGUUUAUAAGUUUACUGAUGACGGAGACAACGAGAGCGAGAGUGCAGAUGUGGAGGCGAGGAAAUGUCUCCGCGAGGUGGCGUGCUGCAGAACCUGCGCCCCCUGCUACCAGACCUCGUGGAGAGCCACCAGGAGGGAUAACGCCAAGAUGAAGAUCCGCUGCCCGGUGUGCGGGCGCGGCUGGCCGAGCGCGUACAGCCUGCUGACGCACCUGCGGUCGCACCCCGGGCCGCAGCUGCAGCGCCACCGUGCGGCCGUGCACCACGAACUCGCCAGGAUCCUGGACUAUCACUACCGGUGCCGCGUGUGCCAGCACACCUUCACCAGCAUCAAGUGCCUGCGCGCGCAUGUCGCCAGCCAUAAAGGUACAGAGACGUUUACCUGUGAGAUUGGUAACCAUGUGGCGAGUUAGGGACUGUGAAUCAAGUUUCUAAUACCUUAAUACAUAUAGUGUGACGAGUAUGUUUGUAUCACAACAUGAUGUUAGUAAUAUGUAUCACAACAUGUGUUUGUAAAAUGUAUCAAAACAUGAUGUUUGUAACAUGUAUCACAUGUGUUUGUAAAAUGUAUCAGGAUAUGAUGUUUGUAACAGGUAUUACAACAUGAUGUUUGUAACAUGUAUCACGACAUGUGUUUGUAAAAUGUAAUCAAAACAUGAUGUUUGUAACAUGUGUCACAACUUGAUGUUUUUAACAUGUAUCACAACUUGAUGUUUGUAACAUGUAUCACAACUUGAUGUUUGUAACAUGUAUCACAACAUGAUGUUCGUAACAUGUAUCACAACAUGAUGUUCGUAACAUGUAUCACAACAUGAUGUUUGUAACAUGUAUUAUAACAUGUACAUUGAUGCAAAUGUUUGUCGAGACAUUUACAAGCAACAAAUGUUUUAUAAAUGUAAAAAACUUGCUGUUUAUAGCUCUACAUAAUUCGUUUUACCACAAAUAUGGUGUGUAGAACUUGUCAAGUUUGUAAUAUAAUAAUGCCUUUAGUAAACCAGUUUUAGUUAUUGAGGACUUAUUGAAUGUUUAUGAGUAACCGUCUGUUAUAAACGUUCAUUAGAGUUAUUGGACAUUUUAGUUAAAGAGCUGUUUAAACUUACAAUAAGAUUGUUUAUGAACAAGACUGAAAGUGGUUAUUAAAAAAAAAAAUUAGGUAAAUCAAAUAACAAGUGAUAUGAGGUUCCGCAUGAUAACAAUCUAGUUCAAUAAAAUAAAUACACAAACUGUUUAACUCUAGAACUACCAAGAUUUUAUAUAUACCUCCUUGUACCAAUACUUGUACCCACCUGAUGGAAAGUGGUAACCGUCGUCUAUACACAUGAGCAGUACCAUGGACAUAACAGAGUAUACUGUUUCAUGUUCGCCCAUGAUACCCCCCAUGCGUUGCUAUUCCUGAGGACCCAGGUGUUAUUCCUCUGUACCCAGUAAAUUCACGCUAUAUCCCACCCUUCAAACCGAAACACAGCCAUGCAAACACAACUGCUUCACGGUUGAAACAUAUUGACGGAACAACUUUGAAGGUUGUAAUAAAAAAUUUCGCGUCCGUUUUCGAUGUCUGAAGAAAAAGGUAGGAACUUAUUUUUCUUUUUUAACUUCCUUAAUCACAUUUUUCAAUAUUAUUUUGGCUGUCUGAAAUUUCAUCAUUUUCAUCAAAUUCAGUUGUUUCAAUUUCCAUUUCAUCAUUCAAAAAAAAAAAAAAUUAAAACUUUUAUCUGAAUCCGUAUCGGAACAAUCCUCAUCAAUAUUGGUUAGUUUUCUUUUUUCAAUAAUUCUGUUAUUUCAGCAUUGUUUUUUCAUAAUUAUAAAACCCCUUAGAAAAAAUUUAUUUAUAUAUGAAUAUUGUUGUAUAUGUAUAUUGUAUUAUCUAUGCUAUGUUUGAGCGAGGGCAACACUGAGGAGUGACGGCCAUGUUUGAGAGAAUUAAAGCAGCUGUGAAAAGUA